AGGAUAAAAUGCAUGGAAAAUUGUGACCCUAUAUAUACAUCCUCUUGUUUUCUUUUUCAAAAAACUUUCCCAUUUCCAGCUCCGCCGUGACCCGAUCGGAAUCGCCACCAUCACCGCCGUUACACCGCCCUAACACCGCCGUAAAUAUCUACUUCCUCUCCGGCGCCGGCACUUAUCACUGUCAAUUCUGCCGGAAAAUGUCAUCGAGAGUAUCGGUAACAGUGUCGCAAGACGGAACAGGCGAUUACCGGACAGUACAAGAAGCAAUAGACGCCGUUCCGUUAUCGAAUAAGUGUAGGACAGUGAUUCGUGUAGCUCCUGGUGUUUAUAAACAGCCAAUUUACGUUCCGAAAACAAAGAAUUAUAUUACACUAGCUGGAUUUAGUCCUGAAGCUACUGUACUUACAUGGAAUAAUACCGCCACUAAAAUUGAUCAUCAUCAGGCUGCAAGGUUAAUUGGUACUGGUACAUUUGGGUGUGGAAGUACAAUAGUGGAAGGAGAGGAUUUUAUUGCUGAGAAUAUCACCUUUGAAAACUCUGCUCCUGAGGGAUCAGGACAGGCAGUAGCAAUCAGAGUUACAGCUGAUCGUUGUGCGUUUUAUAAUUGCAGAUUUCUUGGUUGGCAGGAUACAUUGUAUUUGCACUACGGGAAACAAUAUUUGAAAGAUUGCUACAUCGAAGGAAGUGUAGAUUUUAUUUUUGGUAAUAGCACUGCUCUUUUAGAGCAUUGUCACAUACAUUGCAAAUCGGCAGGAUUCAUUACUGCACAAAGCAGGAAAACUUCUCAAGAGACAACCGGCUAUGUGUUUCUGAGAUGUGUGAUCACAGGUAGCGGAGCGACCUCAUAUACACAUCUUGGACGUCCAUGGGGGCCUUUUGGGAGAGUGGUUUUUGCAUAUUGUUAUAUGGAUCACUGUAUUAAGCAUGUCGGUUGGAAUAACUGGGGCAAGAACGAAAAUGAGAGAACUGCUUGCUUCUAUGAGUACCGGUGUCAAGGACCAGGUAGUUGCCCGUCAAAACGUGUGACCUGGGCCAGAGAAUUGAUGGAUGAAGAAGCAGAACAAUUUCUCACGCAUGGUUUCAUUGAUCCCGAUCAACAAAGGCCUUGGCUGUGUCAGAGGAUGGCAUUACGCAUACCAUAUUCAGCAUAAAGCUCCCUGUCUCGCCACUACGUUGUUAGUUAUCCUUUCGCAGAUCAUUACCUUAAAGUUUUUGAACUUCCACUCGACAUAAAUAAACAUUAUGUUGGCUACGUUGCGUCCAUACUUGUAGCAAAGUUGCUAUAACUUCUGAGAGAGUAUCUUCUUUGAGCUUUACCAUAGGAAAUAGCUCGAUAUAGCAGCUAUGGGAUCGAGAUGGUAAAAGUUUAUACGCAUUUUAUGUUUACACCAAACUAUAUUAAUGUAUUAUAGUUAAAAUGAUGUUUAGUCCCGGACCCCACUAGGUGGGAAUACACUGGGUAUGUUGUUGUAGUUUAAAUGAUGUUUAGUGAUUACAGUGUGCGUAAAGAUGUGUUAUGAUGUGAACACAUAAUGGGUGUAAGAAUGUGUUAUUGUCUCUUGUUAAUACGUAUGUCGUGUGUUUUCGAUAAAACCUCGACUUAUGAAGUUAUGAUGUGAACACAUAAUGGGUGUGAA